GGUGGGAGCCUUAGGGAGUUGUGGGCAGAGGAGGGACCUGCUGGAACUCACUUGAUAGCGACCUAACCGUCCCCCCUUUCGGGCUGUGGUCCCCUGCUCAGGCGCCCCUGGGGAGGACGCAGCUGGCCCGGACACCUGGGCCCGCGCCCCCUCCGCGCGGCGGUGUCGCCUUCCCGGGCGGCUCGGGUUCCCGGAUCCCCUUACCCGGCGGCUCGGCUCGGCUGUCGCGUCCGGAGCCGGAGGAGGGGAGGCUGCAGGAAGCGGCGGAUCCGGCGGCGUCGGCCCGGGUGGGCGCUGAGUUUGCGCCAUGGAGAGCGCAGAGUCCCCGCGCGCCUCCGCGCCCCCCGAGCCCCCCGCGCCCCCCGCCGCGCCCCGCGCGCGCCCCCGCCUCGUCUUCCGCACGCAGCUGGCGCACGGCAGCCCCACCGGCAAGAUCGAGGGCUUCACCAACGUCCGCGAGCUCUACGCCAAGAUCGCCGAGGCCUUCGGGAUCGCGCCCACCGAGAUCCUGUUUUGUACCCUCAACAGCCACAAGGUGGACAUGCAGAAGCUGCUGGGGGGGCAGAUAGGGCUGGAGGACUUCAUUUUCGCUCACGUGCGGGGCGAGACCAAGGAGGUCGAGGUCACCAAGACGGAGGAUGCGCUGGGGCUGACCAUCACCGACAACGGGGCGGGCUACGCCUUCAUCAAGAGGAUCAAGGAAGGCAGCAUCAUCAACCGCAUCGAGACCGUGUGCGUGGGGGACAGCAUCGAGGCCAUCAACGACCACUCCAUCGUGGGGUGCCGUCACUACGAGGUGGCCAAGAUGCUCCGGGAGCUCCCCAAGGCCCAGCCUUUCACCCUGCGCCUGGUGCAGCCCAAGAGAGCUUUCGAUAUGAUUGGCCAGCGGAGCCGGGGGAGCAAGCAUCCCGUGGAUGCCAAGGUGACCAGCGGGAGGGAGACCCUGCGGCUGCGUGCGGGCUCUGCUGCCACCGUGGAGGAAGUGCCCAGCGAGUUCGAGGAGGAGGCGGCCCGCAGGGUGGACGACCUGCUGGAGAGCUACAUGGGUAUCCGAGACCCUGAGCUGGGUAAGGGGCCAGGCGUCCACCAUGGUGGAGACGUCCAAGAAGACGGCCAGCGUCCAGGAGUUUGCGAGCUGUUUAGACUCCGUCUUAGGCGAAUUCGCCUUCCCGGACGAGUUUGUGGUGGAGGUGUGGGCGGCCAUCGGCGAGGCCAGGGAGGCCUGUGGCUAGCAUGUCCAGGGGGCCAGCGCAGCCCCAGCCCGGAGCCCGGCACCCCGCCCCAGCCCUGUUCCAGCGCCCGGCCCUGGCCGGGCUCCGAGGCCAAGCUGGGCUCCAGGAGUGAGCCCAGUUCGGAAAUCCCGCCCAGCAUCUCUAGAGCUCAGCCCUGCUCGGAGGGCAAGCCAGGAACGGAGGCCAAGCCCUGCCCGAGAGCCCAGCUGGGCUUCGAGACCAAACUCAGCCCCAAGCCCCAGCCCAGCUCCAGAGCCCAGCUCAGCCCUGAGCCCCCCGAGCCUAAGGUCAUCUCCAGAACCCCGUCGAGCCCUGACACCAAGCCGAGUUCCACAGCCCAGUUAAAUGUCCAGAUCCAGUCCAGCUUAGAGGUGGACCCCAGCCCAGACACCCACUCCAGCUCCGAGACCAAGCCCAGCCCUAAGAUUCAUCUGGAUCCCAGCACUGAAGAUGACCCCAAGGCCCAGCCUGACCCGGACACUCACAGCGGUUCUGGGACAGCAGGUGGCCUCAGAAGCCGGGAGCCAGGCCAGCGGAAAGCCAGCGCUAGGCCCCCAGGUGGCUCCAGGAGCCAGCUCCCCACCACCACGCAAUCCCCACGCGAACCUCAGCACUGCCCGGGAAGCCCCCCGCCCCAGGCCCCUGGCCCCCACUCGGCCUCCCUGCCCAGUCCCAGCUCCGGGUCCAGCUCAGGGAUGGAGCCCAGCUCCGCAGGGCAGCCUCACACCGGGACCAGGCCCAGCUCCAGCCUUCAGCCCGGCUCUGCACGGCCGUCCAGCUCUGGAGGGAGCAGGCCCAGUGCCGGGGGCCGCCCCGGUGCCCAGACCCCUGCUGCCUGCCGGACACAGGUCCGCUCCAGAGUGCUGACCGACUCGGGGACCCAGACCGACUUCAAGGCCUGGCCGAGCUCCAGAGCUCAGCCCAGCCCAGGUGGCCAACCUGGCCCCGGGGGGCAGUUCGGCCCUGGAGCACAGAGCUGCAAGGCCACUGCCCCCAGCUCCGGGACCCAGCGCCCUCCGGGAGCUCAGGUGACCGCCAGUGCCCAGCGCAGUGCCCAGACCCUGCCGCGUUCCAGGCAGCAGCCCCGGGCCCUGGCCACAGCUGGCCCCGUUGGCCAGCGGGACACAGGGGAGCGGGUUGGCUCCAGAGCUCGGUCCAGCCCGGGAGCCCACUCCAGCUCAGGAAUCCGGCCCAGCUCCUCAUUUAGCUCCGGAACCCAGCUCGGCCGGGGGACCCAGCUCAGCCUGGGGAGCCAGCCCGACCCCGGAGGCCAGUCCAGAACGAGAGUCCAGCUGGGCCCCGGUAGUGGGCCCUGCCCACUGACCCCUGAGCCCAGCCCAGCCCCCAGGGCCCCGACUCCGUCCAUCAGCAGAGCCCCGGGGACUCAGCCCCGGCCUCCUGAGCCAGCACCCGGAGCUCAGGCCGGCCUCCCUGCCAGGCCAGGGUCCUCAGCCUCCCGCCUGGCCCCUCGUCCAGCAGCUCCCUCUGCACCCCAGAAACCCCCCCUUUCUCCCAAGCUGCAGUUGGGACCCCCAAAGCCCACCCCACCACCUGUAUCUGUCACCCCUGGCCUUUCCCCAGCAAGAGCCUCCUAAGUUCCCUCCCAGCCUCUGGAACCCCCCAGCUCAGGAGAGCACCCCCAACAUGAGCCGGGGAGCCGGGCCCCGCCCCCGCCGGGUGACGUCACGGGAACUCUGCCCCUUCCAGCCGGGCUGCCCCAGACACCUCGAAGGUGACCUGGUCCCCCGCCAGGAGGGAGGGGGGUCGUGGAAACGGGGUUCGGUUUCAGGCGCCUGACCAGGGCCUUGUAAGUGGAUCCAAUGUGUGCUGGACGAUGCAGGGCGGGGCGCUGGCUUCUGUACCCCCAGGGCAGUGCGCCCUGCAAAUAAAGGCUCCUCACA